AUUGCUAUGGUUGUCGAAGGACCGGAUGAUCGAGAGUCUAUUCGACUUUUGAUUGGACAGAUUCGGGAUCUUUACAAAGAAAUUGUGCAUAUGAGAAAUGAAGAUUGAGAGCAAUAUAAGCUAAUGAAUGGACGGUUGGAAGCAAUGGAUAGGGAUAGAUCUUUCCGUACCAAGAAGCGUCGCAAGAUCAAUAAGGAUAAGGAUAAACCAAAAUUGGACAAAGAAAAGAAAUCAGCUGCCCAAAAAAUUGUUUCCACAUCAAAUAUGACGAACACUCUCAAGGCUACGGAUGAGAACAAGGUGGCUGA